AUGCCCGUCACCGAAGUCGGCUGCAUGGGCGUCAAGCCCGGCCUCGACGUUAUGGACGACACCACCGAAGCUGGCCAGAUCCUGACGCACGCCUACAAGACCGUCAUCACCGCACCGGGCGGACCCUAUCGCGCGUACUGGGGUGUCGAGAUCGAAGCCAAUGUCGCCGCCGCCGAAGAGACCGACGUCCGACCCAGCGAUGGGCCCAAACUCUGGGCCUUCUUCGACUUUGACAGCGUGGAACACCAUGAGAAGUUCGCCAACGGUCCCGGUCGUGACGCCGUCAAGGAUCUGCCCAAGAUCCUCACGCACAGCGUCUUCUCGAAACACGUCGUCGUCACGCCGUUCCCGCCUCUCGUGCUCCUAUCCCCUGUCACGGAGGUGAUGCUGGCUUAUUUCCCCUCGGACAUUUCGCCGGCCGGCAAAGACGCAGCGAGUGCGCGAUUCGAGCGGUUCGCGGACGUGGCGCUCAGUCAGUGCGAGGACGUCAAGGGUGUGGGGUGUGGAUGGGGCGUCGAGACGGAUUUUCCAAUCAGAGGAGCAGCGACAGAGGCAGAGGAAGAGGCAGAGGCAGAGGCAGAGGAAGAGGCAGAGGCAGAGGAAGAGGUAGAGGCAGAGGGAGGACGGUGGACGGGAGCGUUAUUCAUCGCGUUUAUCGGGUGGCCCAGCGUUGGUGCGCAUAUGGCGUUUCGGAAGACCGACGCGUUCAAGGAAAAUGUUCAUCUGAUCACGGGCAUGGACGGUGUGGUGAGCUUGGUCAUGCUCCAUGUCAAGUGUCGGGGGUUGGAGAGGAGGGAGCCGAUGAGGACGGAGUAA